ACAGCGGGGGAAGGGGAGGCUCGCGGAGCGGUAGAUUGGACGGAGCAGAGGAAUAAAACCUAACGUGUGCUUGUCAGCGAGUGGCAGAGUGACAGACAAAGACGGACGGAGGGAGGAAACACACACACACAAAGGAGGCAGACGGAUAGACGGACGGAUAGACGGACUCCUGUUGAAACGGCAGAGGCAGAAAAGACGGACGCACGCGCCAGCUGAGGCUCGUGGCAGCCUCCAGCAGCAGUUUUAUCUGUGACUUUUCACCUCGACCACACGGGAAAGAAGGAAGAGGUCCAAAGAUCUGACGGUUCUUUUCAGUCGCGGUCCCACCGUCCCUGUCUUCCCUCCCAAACCCUCCUGCCUCCUCUGAAUGAUUGAAGCCAUGCCCAUUGUGUCUGCAACUACAGGGCUGCAUGAGACCCUCGCCCUGCUCACUUCUCAGCUCCACCCUGAUGCCAACCAUAAAGAGGACCUGGUCUUCCUCAAAGAUGUUUUCAGUGAGAAAAGCCUCAGUUACCUUAUGAAGAUCCAUGAGAAGCUGAAGCAGUAUGAAAAACUGAGUCCAACUCCAGUCCUUCACAGCGCCUCCUGUCUGGCUGAGGAUUUGGCGGAGGAGCUUCAGAAUGGACCUCUGGAGGACGAUGAGCGAGAACUGCUGCUUCUGCUCAGCACGCCUCACCUUAAGGCAGUGCUAUCAGCCCAUGAUACAGUGGCUCAAAAGAACUUCGAUCCAGUUCUGCCUCCUCUGCCCGAGGAUCUGGAUGACGACCUGGAGGAGGAGUCAGUGAAAAUUGUUCGCCUCGUGAAAAACAAGGAGCCCCUGGGAGCAACUAUUCGGAGAGAUGAGGCGACUGGAGCUGUGAUAGUGGCCAGAAUCAUGAGGGGAGGAGCAGCUGACCGCAGUGGUCUGGUACAUGUGGGCGAUGAACUUAGAGAGGUCAAUGGAAAUGUGAUAACCCACAAAAGACCAGAUGAAAUUAGUCAGAUCCUGUCUCAGUCACAAGGCUCCAUCACCCUGAAAAUCAUCCCUGCUGUUGCAGAUGAAGACAAACUGAGGGAGAGCAAGGUCUACCUUCGGGCUCUGUUUGAUUACACACCAUUCGAGGACAAAGCCACACCAUGCCAAGAGGCAGGACUUCCUUUUAAGAGGGGGGAUAUUCUUCAGGUGGUGAGCCAGGAGGAUGCCACCUGGUGGCAGGCAAAGAGGGUCGGUGACUGCAACCUGCGUGCAGCCCUCGUUCCCUCCACACAGUUUCAGGAGAGGCGCUUGAAAUACAGGAUGAAAAUGGGCACCUUCCCUACUGUCGUUUCCCCCAAAGUUCCUACAUAUGACCGGGCUGAGAGAGAAGACUGUGACAGUGAAGGUGCUCUGAAUGGAAAGGACAUAGCCGGUCUGCGGAGAAGCUUCCGCCUCAGGAAAGAUCGACAGGCUUCCCCAGGAGAAGCUCACACUCCAGAUGCCAAUCAUACAGACUUUCUGAUUUACGAGGAGGUCACACAGUAUUUACCUCGUCCUGUCGAGAGGCCCCGUCUUAUAGUACUGAUAGGUUCCCUUGGUGCACGGAUCACCGAGCUCAAACAGAAGGUGAUCGCCGAAAAUCCCAGGUGUUAUGGUCUGGCUGUGCCUCACACCACUCGAUCUAGGAAGUCUCAGGAGAGAGAAGGAGUGGAGUACCACUUUGUUACUAAAGCAGCUUUUGAGGCAGACAUCCAGGACGGCAAAUUUAUCGAAUACGGGGAGUAUAAAGACAAUCUGUAUGGCACCAGUUUGGAGUCCAUCCAUCGGGUUUUGGAUCAAAACAAGGUCUGUCUGGUGGAUCUACAACCAGAGGCACUAAAGACUCUACGGACCGCUGAGUUCAAGCCAUAUGUCAUCUUUGUUAGACCACGCAUCUAUGACAGUCAACGCAAACACUUAGGCUCCUCUUCUUCUUUGUCUGUGGGGAUAACGGAGGAGGAUCUACAGGAAAUGAGGCAGUCAGCCGAGCGUAUGGACGAAUGCUACGGUCAUUGGGUGGACUACGUCUUAGUGAAGGAGGACCCGGUCAGUGCCUUAGCAGAGCUCCAGGUUGUACUGGAGAGGGUACAGAUGGAGCCCCAGUGGGUGCCUGUGUCCUGGGUGAGGACCUAGCCUGAGCUGAACUGCUUCAGCCUGGAAAAGUAGGCGAUGGUGGUGAGGACAGAAAAACGGAGAGGACUGUCGAGGGUCUUGUGUUAAAGAGAUUCAGAAGUUUACUGCCAUCUGCAAACACCGGUGUGGUACAGGUAAAUAAAACCAUUCAUAAAUGAACAUCUGCGAUAACGGCAAACUGCUAUUUCAUUGGUCUGAACAUCCAGCAAGCCUUCCUGUUAUAAAAGUAGCUACAGUUCUGAUGUACAUCCUGUUUGUCGUCACUGUCGGUCAGAAACCUCUUAAGUUCAUUUUUGGGUUUUUUUUGUUUUUUUUGUCAUAAAACGAUUCUGUUGGUCAGUCUUAGAAAUAUUUAACCA